CCUGUCCGGCGGAAGUUGCGCUCACGGCCUUGUCACAAAAGAAAUGGCGAGCGGCAUCGGCAAACACAAGAUACUGAAUGUGGGGCCGACAGAGCCCUGGUCAGUCAGGGAGAAACUAUGCCUGGCCUCCUCUGUUAUGAGGAGUGGCGACCAAAACUGGGUGUCUGUAAGUAGAGCCAUCAAGCCUUUCUCUGAGCCUGGUCGUCCGCCUGACUGGUUCUCACAGAAGCACUGUGCCUCACAAUACUCAGAGCUUCUGGAAGCCACAGAAGCACCAAAGCGUAAACGUGGUGAGAAGGGUGAGGUGGUCGAGACCAUUGAAGAUGUCAUCGUUCGCAGACUGACGACUGAGAGGAUAGAGGAGCUGAAAAAGCUACUACGAGACACACAAGAGCAGUACAGGAAGUUAAAGAAGGAGGUGGAUCUGAUACAGACAGGUCAUAUGGACUCCCAGCUGAAGGAGCUGUGGGCAGAGAUCACACUAAAGAAGAAGCAGGAUGAGGAGGAAGCAGAGCAGAAGAGGAAAGCAACAGAAACAGCAUAUCAAGCUCGUCAGGCGGUGAAAAACACACCCAAGCGUUUGCCCAGCGUAACUGUACGUUCUCCUCUGGGUGCCAGCCCACCGACGCUGGAUUCUCAGGCCGACUCUUCCGUCCCCACACCGCCCAUGGACACAGGAGGUGUUGCCUCCGAUGACACCACCACUCACUCAGUUGCCCAGGGGGUCGGAGUAUUUCUACCAGCGACGGACGCUCCAGGCCCAGGGCCCAAAGAUGGAAGCCUGGCUGCUCUAGUGGAUGACUCACCACAGAAGAGGCUCCUGACCCAGAAGGCCACGCCGCCGCCCUCACCUCUUCUGUCGGAACUGCUGAAGAAAGGCAACCUCAUCUCAGCUAGCCCCCGCCUGGUUGCAGAGGGGGACUCGACUGGAAACCUCACCAAUGGACUACAGACAGCCACUGCAGCCACUGCCUUACCACCUGGACAUGAGGUCAUCAUAGAGGGUGAAGCAGAAGCUGCAGUAAAGGCAGAGCUCGCUGAGGAGACAGGAUUAGUAGAAGAGGACCUUGUAGCAGUGUCUUAUAUGGGAGAUGAACUGGACCUGGAGACAGUAGGAGACAUCAUUGCCAUCAUAGAGGAAAAGGUUGAUGACUCUGUGGAGGCUUUGGAUGCAGCAGCGGUGGAAGCAGCACUCUCUCUGUGCGAAGAGGCUGUUUCAGAGGGACACACCCUCCCUGGCCCCUGGGAGACACAGGAGCUGAAGGCUUCGGAUCCCGCACCCACAGUUCAGGACUCCAACCCCACACAGGAGCCUCAGGAUGUGGCUGUGAUGCCAGCCCCGACUCCUGUAAGCACAGAGACCCAGAUCCAACCAGAGACUAAAAGAGAAGAGCAGCUCAAGGGAAACUGUGAGGGACCUGAAGCGACAGGAAGUGAUGUCACUCCUUGCGUCACCUCUGAUGACGUUGCUACAGGGAUUGAGUUUACAGAGGAGGGUGUGACAGUGAAGGAGGCCACUGAAGCAACAGUGAAGAGUGAAGGAGAGGAGUGGAGCCAGCCUGAGCCCAAUCCACCCUGUCUAGACUCUGAAGACAGCUCUGUGUCUGGGAAAGAGUCCAAGGAGGUAAAGGAGGAGGAGGCGGGCAGUGAGGGUGACCCUGAAGAAGGGAUGGAGCUGAAGGAGGAGUGCGGGGAGGGGCCCUAUCUGUCGGAGGUGGAGCGGGCAGCCAGCGAGAGCGAAGACGGCUACGGGCCGCCCUCCCAGCGCUACACGGCCGAUUCGCUGGCCAGCAGCCCGGCCUCUUCUUCCCAGCUAUCUACAUGUGGUGAAGACCAGGAGGCGGUCCAGGCACAGAAGAUCUGGAAGAAAGCCAUUAUGCUGGUGUGGAGAGCUGCAGCCAACCACAGGUAUGCCAGUGUCUUCCUGCAGCCUGUGUCAGAUGACAUCGCCCCCGGUUACCACAGCAUCGUACACAGACCCAUGGAUCUGUCGGCCAUUAAAAAGAACAUUGAGUCCGGUGUGAUCCGUACAACAGCCGAGUUCCAGCGAGACAUCAUGCUGAUGUUUCAGAACGCCGUCAUGUACAACUCGUCGGACCACGACGUGUACCAUAUGGCGCUGGAGAUGCAGCGUGAUGUCCUGGAGCACGUCCAGCAGUUCCUGGCCACCCAGCUCAUCAUGCAGACGUCAGAGAGCGCCAUCUCCGCCAAGAGCCUCCGCGGCAGGGAGGGGAAUCGUAAGCCAGGAGAGCCGGCCGAGAAGGACGGAGGCACCAGGGGUCGCCGCAGCGCCAUGGAGGCUGACCUCAAAAUGAAGAAAUAGACAGAGAUUUCAAAAACUGAGACACUUAGAGAGACAAAGAGCCACUUUUGCAAUCAGAGAAGGUGGAGCUGAAUACUUACUGGUCACUUUGGUUGUUUUCUGAAGAGGACAGCAGGCUGUGUGUGCCUGGUGUGUGUGUGUGUAUACACAGUCAUCCGUGCUUUGGCGUAGAUGAGGGUAUGUGUGUGUCUGUGUGUGUCUGAGAGAGCUGCAUAGAGUUUUCUCUUCUCCAGUUCAUAUGAUGGGUUAAUGUGCAGCGCUGUGGGAUUUUACUCCAGGACAAACAAGUCUUCCCCCGAGUAUCAUUUCACCAGCGAAGGUAGUAAGUCAUCAUUUCCUCCGGCUGAGGUGGAAAAGGCAAAGAACUCUGUGGAAGGAGAGAAAAAGUUUUCACCAGCAAAAGUGUGUUUGAGAUCAAAUGAUGAAUGGCGGCUGAGUUCUGCUCUUCAGAUAUUUAUCAUGUUGAAUCGUGGAUGCAUUAAUACUAGUUGGUAGUUGGGUGUCUUGCACCGAACUGCGCCCAACACAUGGGAGCUGAAAAGACACUAGACGGCAACAACAAGCAGGAUGACCACAUGACAAAUCAUAAUGUUCAGUUUCAGCCAACCUUUACAACUGGAUUUUCUGUAUUUAUAUUAAUGGAACUCAGAUGUCUUUCUAAAGUAAAUUAGAUGGUGUUACUUAGCCGGCUGUUUACGUCUGCUUUGUUUAGUAACACAUUAUAAUGCUGGAAUCUGUUGGCUGUAGAGGAACAUGCCAGUGGUUUAGCACACUAACUUAUAAUACUUUACAUUUCUGCCAAACUUUUUUUUCCAAAGCGCAGAUUUUCAAUUUGAUUACUUACCCUCAUGCAGCCCUGAGCUUCCACAGAAUACAGGGUACAUCUAAAUUUAACGUCAGAAACCAACCUCGUACCGUGCAGACAGAAACGAAACAUGCUUGAGAGAUGUAAUCAGUCACAGGAAACAAUGCGUUAUCUGUUGUUACAGCGACCGUUUAUCGUUUCCAUCUCUGGUGGUGCAUCCAGGUACACGUAGGCAUCAGAAAACUAUGUUCUCCAAGUCCAAAAUACAAGAUCUCCAUUACAGAAGUAGAGGAAAGUAUACUGAGACUUCUUGCAUUUGAGAGCUUGCUGUUUGCCAGCGGACGUUCAGAACAGCAAACAUAUGCUUUGUGAAAUGUUUGGUAGUGAUGUAAAAUUAAGUUGUAGGGCUAAAACACAGUGUGGAGAUUGCUGUUGCUGACAUAGUAUUGAUGCAUCCCUCCUUGUCACUUAGGAUGUAGCCAGUGUGUGCUAUGUAAAUAGCAUAAGAAACAUGUUUGUGUACUGUGUGUUAGAUAGGAGUACAAAAAACGAGUUUUGUACUAGUGUGAUGGAUCAUGUAGAGUUCUGUGUUUGGGUAGCCGAUACAUGUAUCAUGUGUUCUGUUGUACAUUUGUUAAAUAAAAAGAUUAUUUGAUCUAAG